AGAACACCGCCAACCGACACACCCACACACACGCACCGGGUUUUAGUUGCACGAAAUUUAGCCUUCUGCUAGAGGAGGGGGAGAGAUACAGUAAAUGGUUUCUCUUCAAAAAUUGUUGAAAUGUCGGGCGUCGUAAAAUUCUUGAAGUCGCUGGUGACAGCGGAGCCAGUGACUUCAAGAGUUUUGUCAAAAACUACUGAAAUAUCACAAACAUCAACACCAUCGGUGACACCCUCUUCAUCGCCUACUCAUUCUGAACCAUCAAAUAUCCAGUCAGUCAAGCCCCAUGUACCUCUCAUCAAGUUCCGAAAGGGAAGCCCAGCUCAUGGCCAUUCAGCAGGUAGUGGAUCACCGUCUCCUGGCGUAGCUGGUAGUAGUGUUGUUUUUUCUCGUGGGACCAUUGAAGAUUACCAACUACCUUCAAGGUACCAACGAACUCCUAUGGACGAGAAAGAAAUUGAGUACAUUAAUAGAGGAGGACCUGAAUGAGAAAUUCCUAACAAAUGUGUAGUGAGCGGCAUCUUUCAGGCAUCUGAAUAUCACUGUGUCAUGAACUUUCAAACUUUAAGAACUGUCCGGAAGUCCUGACCCAAAAUGUGUGCAAGACAUUUAGUGAAAUUGUUAAAAAUGAUAUGAUAAUGUUGAACUGUGAUUAACUUUACAGUUUGUGAAUUUCAUACUGCUUAGGCAUUGUACAUAACCAUCAUCCUAUCUGCAAAUAUUUCUUCUAAAAUUGAUUAAAUUGUCUUAUUUGAUCAUA